GCUCCAAAAAUCUCAGCCGACCUUACCCGCAGAUACUAGGCACCAAGAGGAGAAAGACAGCCUCAUUACUUGGUUUUAGGGUGGGUUUCUCUUUUUUUUACAUCUUCCUGUCGGUUUUUUGCCUUGAUCCAUUAGCUUCCCGCCGAGCUCGGACGUAGUCCUUCUCCCUAUUUCUAAUUUGAUCAGCCCAUCUUCGGCAGCAGACCCACUUAUUUUUGACAGGAGAUGAAAAUUGAGUCGCCGAGGAAAUAUUAGGAUAUAUUUUCAAUCAUUUUGGUGCUGAGGGGGAGGCGAGAGCUUAGUUUUAUAUUGAGACAUCACGCCGGCUGCAAGCAGAGAAUGCUUUUCCCUGCCAGGACCUGAUGCAAUCCAUUCAAGCCAACAAGUUUGGAGAGAAUGUUGAGUUCAAUCAAUUCAGAACGUCGAGAUGGAGCCCAACUCACUCCAGUGGGUCGGCUCACCGUGUGGAUUGCACGGACCUUAUAUUUUCUAUAAGGCUUUUCAGUUCCACCUUGAAGGCAAACCAAGAAUCUUGUCCCUUGGCGACUUUUUCUUUGUAAGAUGUACGCCAAAGGAUCCGAUUUGCAUAGCGGAGCUCCAGCUGCUGUGGGAAGAAAGGACCAGCCGGCAACUUUUAUCCAGCUCAAAACUUUAUUUCCUCCCCGAAGACACUCCCCAGGGCAGAAACAGCGACCAUGGCGAGGACGAGGUCAUCGCUGUCUCGGAGAAGGUGAUCGUGAAGUUGGAGGACCUGGUGAAGUGGGCGCACUCGGACUUCUCGCAGUGGAGGUGCGGGCUCCGAGCCACCCCCGUGAAAACUGAGGGGUUCGGAAGAAACGGACAGAAGGAGGCCCUGCUCAGGUACCGGCAGUCGACCCUCAACAGCGGCCUCAACUUCAAAGACGUUCUCAAGGAGAAGGCUGAUCUCGGGGAAGAUGAGGAAGAAACCAACGUGAUUGUUCUCAGCUACCCUCAGUACUGUCGGUACCGUUCCAUGCUUAAGCGGAUCCAGGAUAAGCCAUCCUCCAUCCUCACGGACCAGUUCGCGUUAGCCCUGGGAGGCAUCGCAGUGGUCAGCAGGAACCCCCAGAUCCUGUAUUGCCGGGAUACCUUUGAUCACCCUACUCUCAUAGAAAACGAGAGUAUAUGCGACGAGUUUGCGCCAAAUCUUAAAGGCAGACCUCGCAAAAAGAAAACAUGUCCCCAGAGAAGAGAUUCCUUCAGUGGCUCAAAGGAUUCCAACAAUAACUGUGAUGGUAAAGCUAUCAGCAAGGUGAAAGGGGAGGCCAGGUCGGCCUUGAGCAAGCCCAAGAAUAACCACAAUAACUGUAAAAAAGCCUCAAAUGAAGAAAAGCCAAAGCUAUCCAUUGGCGAAGAGUGCAGGGCAGAUGAACAAGCCUUCUUAGUGGCACUUUAUAAAUAUAUGAAAGAAAGAAAAACACCCAUAGAGCGAAUUCCCUACUUGGGUUUCAAGCAGAUUAACCUUUGGACUAUGUUUCAAGCUGCUCAAAAACUGGGAGGAUAUGAAACAAUAACAGCCCGCCGUCAGUGGAAACAUAUUUAUGACGAGUUAGGCGGUAACCCCGGCAGCACCAGCGCCGCCACCUGUACCCGCAGACACUACGAAAGGUUAAUCCUGCCAUACGAAAGGUUUAUCAAAGGAGAAGAAGAUAAGCCUUUGCCACCAAUCAAACCUCGGAAACAGGAAAACAAUUCACAGGAGAAUGAGAAUAAAACGAAAGUAUCCGGAACCAAACGCAUCAAACAGGAAGUGCCCAAGAACAAGAAAGAAAAAGAGAAUACCCCAAAGACCCAAGAUACAUCUGAGGUUUCCUCAGAGCAAGGGAAGGAAGAAGAGACGUUGAGCCAGAAGAGCGUCCCGGAGCCUCUUCCUGCCCCAGAAGUAAAGAGGAAACCAGAAGGGCACAAGGAUCUUGCACCCAGGGCCCCAGUGUCCAGAGCAGACCCAGAAAAGAGCAACGAAACGGACCAAGGUUCCAAUAGCGAGAAGGAGGCCGAGGAGCCGGGAGACAAGGGCCUUGCCCCUCUGCUCCCAAGCCCUCCCCUGCCUCCUGAAACAGAUUCAGCUCCAACCCCGGGGGCCGCCAAACAGCCCCUUGCCUCUCCCAGUGCCCAGAUGGACUCAAAGCAAGAAGCCAAACCCUGCUGCUUUACAGAGAGCCCUGAAAGUGACCUCCCAGAAGCACCCUUCUCCAGCUUCCCCGCCGCCCAGCCACCACUGGCAAGCCAAAACGAGGCAGAGGAAGAUAAACUUCCCGCCAUGGCGAAUUACAUUGCCAACUGCACUGUGAAGGUGGACCAGCUGGGGAGUGACGAUAUCCACACGGCCCUCAAGCAGACCCCGAAGGUCCUUGUGGUCCAAUCGUUUGACAUGUUCAAAGACAAAGACUUGACUGGGCCCAUGAAUGAGAAUCACGGACUUAAUUACACGCCCCUGCUUUACUCCCGGGGCAACCCCGGGAUCAUGUCCCCGCUGGCCAAGAAAAAGCUUCUGUCUCAGGUGAGCGGGGCCAGCCUCUCCAGCAGCUAUCCCUAUGGCUCCCCUCCCCCCUUGAUCAGCAAAAAGAAACUGAUCGCCAGGGACGAUCUCUGCUCGGGUCUGUCCCAGGCCCACCACAGCCAAAGCUCUGAUCACAUAGCCGUCAGCCGGCCCUCCGUCAUCCAACACGUCCAGAGCUUCAAAAGCAAGGCCUCCGAGGACAGGAAGAGCAUCAAUGACAUCUUUAAGCACGACAAACUGAGCCGCUCUGAUGCUCAUCGCUGCGGCUUCUCCAAGCACCAGCUCAGCUCGCUGGCAGACUCCUACAUCCUCAAACAAGAGGCCCAGGAGAGCAAGGAUAAACUACUGGAGAAAAGAGCAGCCUCCCACGCCCACGUGCCCAGCUUCCUGGCAGACUUCUACUCAUCUCCGCACCUCCAUAACCUCUACCGUCACACUGAACACCAUCUUCACAACGAACAGUCGUCCAAGUAUGCCUCGAGGGACGGCUACCCGGAAUCCGAAAACAGCGCUUUUCUUUCUCACAAACACCCAGAGAAGAUCCACGUCAAUUAUCUCGCAUCUCUCCAUCUGCAAGAUAAGAAGUUGGCUUCGGCAGAAGCCUCUACAGAUGAUCAACCAACAGACCUGAGCCUUCCCAAGAACCCGCACAAACUAACCAGCAAAGUCCUGGGCCUGGCCCACUCAGCCUCAGGCUCCCAGGAGAUCAAAGGCACUUCCCAGUUCCAGGUCAUCAGCAGCCAGGGUCGAGACUGUCACCCCAAAGCCUGCCGAGUAUCGCCCAUGACCAUGUCGGCCCCUAAAAAGUACCCCGAGUCACUUGCAAGGUCAGGAAAGCCUCACCAUGUGAGACUGGAGAACUUUAGAAAAAUGGAAGGCACGGUCCAUCCCAUCCUGCACCGGAAGAUGAGUCCUCAGAACAUUGGGGCUGCGCGCCCCAUAAAGCGCAGCCUGGAGGAUUUAGAUCUUGUGAUCGCUGGCAAAAAGGCCAGGGCUGUGUCUCCCUUGGACCCAGAGAAGGAGGCUUCUGGGAAAGAAAAGACCUCUGAACAGGAGAGUGAGGGCAGCAAAGGAGCCUACAGUGGGCAUUCUGGGACUGUGUCGGAAGGUCACAAGCUUCCGCUCUCCUCCCCCGUCUUCCCAGGUUUGUAUUCUGGUAGCCUGUGUAACUCCGGCCUCAACUCCAGGCUCCCGGCCGGGUACUCCCAUUCUCUGCAGUACUUGAAGAACCAGACGGUGCUUUCUCCUCUUAUGCAGCCCCUGGCUUUCCACUCGCUCGUGAUGCAAAGAGGAAUUUUCACAUCGCCGACCAAUUCUCAGCAGCUCUACAGACACCUGGCCACAGCCACCCCCGUAGGAAGCUCCUACGGGGACCUGUUGCACAAUAGCAUCUACCCUUUAGCUGCUAUCAACCCUCAGGCUGCCUUCCCGUCUUCUCAGCUCUCCUCCGUACACCCCAGCACAAAACUGUAAGCCUCGCCUGUGCCCAGCAUCUUCAAAUGAUGUGGUCCAGGCCCCAACCCUGGAGGGCUGGCUUGCAGAGUUGGAAGUCAGUAUUCCUUCUAAUCUGGUUCGUCCCAGCCAUAGAGGCCCAAAGGCCAGGUGAACAUUGUCCGGGACAACCCUAGCCUGGCUGGCCAGUUGUGACCUCCCUACCAACACAGAUGACCUAGGGCCUCCCGGUCAUUUCCUUUUCAUGUUGGUCUUAUGAAGGCAUCUGUGUCUAUCCUAGGAGAACUCAGAGGACCCCAUCUGAGUUCAGAUGGUAAGGAAGCAUUGAGCAUACAGGGGUCAGGAGGCAGGCUUUUCAAAAGAAAGGGCAAGAAAGACUGGCAAGGAAUCGCCAGGGGAUGUCCCUCUCUUUCAUAAAGCUCACCAAGUUCAAUCAAUGCAAUGUAUAGUAAAACCUGAAGAGACCUUUCAUUCUGACACUAUUAAACAAUCCGGAGAAGUAAACACUGUUAAACUGUAUAUAUUCUCUUCUUAAAGCUACCCGUAUCACUGUUUGCUCACCUAAUUUAUACACGGAUAGUUCUGUUUUCUCGGGGUUCCUUCUUGUCCCUGCCCUGGGGUAUUUUUGGUUUGUUUAUCUGUUUGUUUGUUUGUUUGUUUUUUAAUUAAACAGUAUCCCUUCUGUUGUUUGCAGGUCUUCUGUUUUAGUUUUUUAUUUUGUUUUGUCCUGUUUUUGCUCUGUUCUGUUUCGUUUGCAAGGCUAUCUGACUCUCCUAGUUUUUAAUGUGUGUUUCCAUCUACCCCCCUCCCCCCCCACAUCUUCUUUUGAGCAGCUUUGGGUGGUCAAGUUAUUGUUUACAAAUUGAAGCAACUGAUUCCAGUGGAACAGACUAAAAAGGAGCCGUGGAGAACACUCGCUAGUGUAAAGCCUGUGCCUUUGCGGGUCUGUACCUUGAGGAUGCUGUCCCUCAAGUGGCAUGGUUGAGAGAGCUUAGACACUGCUUCCCCGGCCAGACGCUUUGCUUUGAAGUGUUGGAUUAUGUGAAAAUAUUAAGCAUUGUAUUCACCUUAUCUAGGCUGUGAACCUGUCCUACAUACCAGAGAAGUCAUAAAACAAAAACCUUGUUGGCCAAAAGCCACUGAGUAACAGUCUGGAGGACACACUUGUGGGCUGUGGAGAUAUUUAAGAAUUUCAAAACUUAGGACAAGAGCCAGGGUGACUCACACUGGUGCUGGAGCUGCACCUUCUCAAUAGUCUGGAGAAAGGGGACUUGGGAACGAUGGCGUGUGACUGUCCUGCAGAGGGAGUGAAGUGUGGGGGCUAACCACUAGCCAUCUCAGCCAGACCUUGGCCCAGUGAGUGUCGAGGUUUCCUAGCAAGAUUUGCCCAGGUUCCAUCUUUGAAGAGGAACUGGAUUACCUGUUUCAAAGGAGAGCCAUCCUCCCUGGGUGUCUGGGGCAGGAGUUUGAUGUAAGGUGGUGGUUUGAAUCAAGUUUUUCACCACAAAGCCAUACUGUCCACUUGUGGGCGCUUUUUGACUGUCAUCCUUGACAGCUGAUUUUAUUUGCUCCCAAGAGCUGCUAAGUAUAGCAAGUGGAUCCUUAGAGUGGAAUUCUCGUUCCCAUCUCCACCCAACCCUGCCAACAGCUGCUUUGAAGCCCCUAGCCCUCUGCCCUCCUCUGUCCUAACACUACCAGUAGGCUCUAGGACCACAGUAACCAAGUCUUUUUUUUUUUUUACCUCUGAUAUAUUUAAGUCUAUGAAACUUGAUGACAGUUUUCAACAUCUCUGAAUAGGUAACUAAACUACAAAAAUAAUCAAAACCAGUGACCAUGAACCUACAGCUUUUACACAAAGCCAUGCAUGCCAGUCAUCUGUCUUGAAAAUGUCCUCAUGAUAUGAAGCCAAAUAGUCCAUGUAGUAACAUGCUAUCCAAAGGUGGAAACAAAAGAAUGUAGCGACCCAGUGUUAAAGAGUUCCAUUCGCUUCAAUUAAUUAUUUACCUUCCUGUGGAAUAAUAUAUAUAUAUAUAUAUAUUAUAUAUUUAAUAGGACCAUAGAUAGAGUAGUAUAACUUAGGUCAUAAAUGUGUACGAGCAGAUUAUUCUGCUGUUGCACAAGAAAGGGUGUGUGUGGGGGUCUCGAUUCCAGCCAGCAUUAUACUGGCCAGGACACAGUACAAGAAAGUUGCACUAGACUGCAUGGUCACAGAAGCAGCAGAGGAGAAAAGGAACCAGGGGUUCUGUAGGAGGCAUGGGCUGGAUCCUUACAUGGUCCCUCCCCCCACCACAAGCUCACCCAUCUGCGAGAUGGGGAGAUUGUUUUCCUCAGUGCGGUGAUUUGAGAUAUGUUCAUCAUGUAGGAAUUCCAUCACACCAUUCUCAAACAAUGUCAACAUAGUCCAGCUAUUGUUUUAUCAUCUCUUCAGAGAGGAGACGCGUUUCUGUUGAAGGAAGCUCAGACCCUCCACAAAACAUCAGGACAGUUGCAAAGAUGUGGGGGCGGGGCUACGUUCCCAACAGAAGUGGUGCGUUAUUUGUUUUAAAACUUCAAGCGGAGAUCUUGGAAAUCUUUCAAAAAGACGAUUGAAUUUUUCAUUGGCUGAGAAGGACAUUUUAAAGAGUCUUAAAUUGGGCUUUGUUUGCAUUGUUUGAGUUCAAGGGGCCUUAUUAUUGAAUGGCAUUGCACAAGCCUUUUCUUUGUGCAAUCAAACCAUUGUUAUUGCUAGUUCUAUAAAGGAAACUGUGGAAUCCAAUUGGCACCGGAGUCGUAAAUCCAUUUACCAAGUGUGGCUUCCGAGAAAUGUUGCAAUUCCAAAUGCACCAAGCCCCUGAGUUCUUGGGGAUUUGGAGAUUCUAAAUAAUAUUAAAAAAAAUAUGUACUCUCCAUGCAACCUCUGGUCUCACUUUUGGAAAUUCAACUUAAAAAUGAAACAUAAAGUAAAAAUAAAAAUACCACGACAGCCCAACCAAGCUUUAGUUUUCAAAGUGUUUUUCCUAGUACUCAGUUCAAUUGCGUGUAUUAUUUGCCACAGGACUGACUGGUUUGUUUCCUAGCUAGAGGCGCUCGGUUUCACUCAUUCAUCGGGGCAUAGGUAGAAGGGUUUGUGUCAGUGUGGAAUUCCCAGCUUCGAGACCUGGUGCAUGAAUCCUCCAAGUACUGUAUUUCACUGUGUUGGUGUAUCUGAUGGAAAUUUCAAGGUGGUCCCACAAAUAUAUUUUAUGUAGUGUGCCUUCAAAGAGAACCAUUUAUUUCUCUUCACGUGUUGUCCCGCUAAGUCACAUUUGGUGGUGGUCAGCCAAGUCCCAUGUGGUCGAGUCUUACUCAUUGUCCCGAGCUGAGAGAGUAGCGGGAACAAUUUCACCCUGGUGAGCCCCACACCACUGGAGUAGCGGCUCUGAGCACCUCCACUCCACUGUCGGCUAUUGAUGUAUUUGAUAUUUUGCUUGUCUCCCCAUGGCGGAAAAAAAAAACUCUGAAAAAAAAAAUAGCAGCAUAAUCUCUUGGCUGUUUAUACUUUUUUAAACUUCCCUGUGUUGUAAAUAUUGUACACUUUGAGUGACUUCAGCUAUGUAACCUCUAUGCUCUGUACGGUGAUAAUCUGUAUAUAGCAGCCUGGCCCAGUGAUGUUAUAUAAUUUCCCAAUGGAGAGGUUAUUGAGUAGCCUUGGCGUUAGUUUAAACACUACCAGAAGAAUGCUGAGCCAACUAUAAACACUCAAUUUUGUAUGUUUUCCAAAUUGUACUUAUUACUGCUUUUUGAUACUGUAUUCCGUGCCAAUAGUUUCCCAAUCACAUAGCAGGCAAGAGAUAUUUUGUACUUUUUGAUCCACUGUAAUAUUUAAUAAAAAAUGUUACUAUCUGUU